AUGCAGCAGCGAACCUACCAAUACCUUGCUGCCUUUCGAGAUGAUCAAGCGAGUAGCGCAACUAGCCAGUCAGCCGAUGAGAGACAAAAUGUGUCUGCUGGAUUCUUGCGACGCCUCGGAAGAGGAGGUGAGACCGUUUCGCCUAACCCUGACAGUGGCGCUACCCUUUUUUCACGACGCAGAGCCUCUUCUGCUGCUCUGACCCUCCUCGGCCAUCUGCAGCGCUCGCUAGAAGGUGUUCCUGACCCACUAUAUGGGUCUUUGUCCCCACCUGUUCCCAACACGGGUACAACCCGUCGUCUUAGCCUAGAUACUGGGCACGCCGUCUCCUUGAGCCAGCUAACUGCCUUGCAACAACAACAACAACAACAGCAACAUCAAUUAUAUCAUCAUCACUCCCAUCAGCAUCUUCAUCUUCAUCAAAGGACGGUUGGUCAACCUGGCGGUUCUCCGAGUUCUCCCAUUUCGCCACAUCAUAAAGCAAUCUAUCCGAGCACAUUGACUGACCUGAACGCUCGUCAAUUUGAGACGGCAUACCGAACAACUUUGGAUCAGCUUCCCGAUUUUGGAUCAGGCCUGCUUUCUUCGGAGCCGCCAGAGGCUGGAAUGUUUAAUUUUGAUGAAAUUCGUCCUUUUGGCUUGUACUCUGCAAGCACAUCUAGCCUACCGGCAGAUGAGCAACGACAAAAUAAUAUUGACAAGUCGGGGGAACUGGCAGUGGCUAGUCUUGCGGCUGCGGUUGCUACCAGUACCGAAUGUCUGACACAACAAACUGCUCUGUCCUUCUGCCUGGCGGAAAAGAGUCCAGAUAACAAGCCUCGUUCAACCGACGAGAGGUUGUCUGGUGAUGUCGCCAGAUUAGAUGGACAGUUGACGGCAUCUACGAACGCAGGUCACGGGUCACUCGACAAAGAGGCCUCCUUUUCGUCGACAGGCUGGUGUACAACAUCUGCCAUGCAAUCCUCGGAUCCACAAAUUUCCCCGAUCAGACGCAACGAUAUGAAGAUACGGAGAGGCUCGUUGCAAAUGUUUAAGGUUGGCCGGGAGGCGGUCAAUGAAAGAGAACGUUCAUUGAAUGAGUUGCCUUGGAGAAAGGAGACGAGCAGUCGCGAAGAAGAAAGAGAUGACACAAAAGCUGAGGAUCACGACACCAACCGUUGGACAACGACUGAUGACCGACAAGAUGAGGACAGUCACUUGGAGCAAGGACAUACGCUUCAAAGAUGUCGCAACUUUGAGAAUAUAACCAGGCUGAGAAUGUCCACAGGGCAAGAUAUCCCUUUCACCAUGGACCCUAACAACAGUGAAGAGAGUCAAGAGGUCGACUUGUCUUGGCGAGAUUGUCAGGAUUGGUACAUGACCGAGGUCAGUUCGAGUGCUUUUUGUUCAGUUUAUAGCCUUUUGGAUGAAUACGAGGUUUUUAUACCAAAUAUUUCAUAG